CAUAGCACCGGGUUGUACUUCUGGAUAUAAAUCAAAUCCAGAAAAAGUUCAUUUUUUUAUGGUGCCUAAAGACAAAAAUAUAUUCACUUUGUGGCAAAAUGCUACACGAAGAAAAGCUAUUCGGGUAGGACAGUUUGUUUGCGAGAAGCAUUUUUUGGUCGAAGAUAUUCUGUGGAAACGAGAAAUCAAAGAUUCUAAUGGACACGUGCUCGGCAUUUCACCUUACAAAGUACCAAGAUUGCGAAAGGGAACUGUACCAUCACAAUUUCCAUGGACAGAAAUUUCAAUAUCAAUGGAUAACAAUAAUGCGCCGCUGCAAGACACACCUCUUCAAGAAACAGCCCAUAAAUCUGAGCAAAAUGAUUUACAAGAGACAAUAUCAGAUGAGCCAUCAAAAUUCUCUUUUACAGAUUUGUUUACGUGUACAUUGCGAAUACCA